AUGAAUAAAUCAGACGCUGACCUCUUCACCAGGAAUAUGGUGAUGAGAGAGUUGGCCCCCCAGCUGCACAUCCCCUGGUCCAUCCCCAUGGAGGCUGAAGACAUCCCCAUCGUCCCGACAACCUCAGGAACCAUGAUGGAGCUGCGCUGCGUCAUCGCCAUCAUUCGUCAUGGAGAUCGGACCCCAAAGCAGAAGAUGAAAAUGGAGGUCCGUCAUCCUCUCUUCUUUGAGUUGUUUAAGAAGUAUGGAGGAUACAAGACGGGCAAGCUAAAGUUAAAAAAGCCCAAACAGCUGCAGGAAGUGCUGGACAUCGCCCGCCUGCUGCUGGUCGAACUCGGUCAGCACAACGACUGCGAGAUUGAGGAGAAGAAAUCCAAACUGGAGCAACUCAAGACAGUGUUGGAAAUGGAAUCCAGCUUGAAUGUGAAUCAGUACGGACAUUUCUCUGGAAUCAACAGGAAGGUCCAGCUGACCUACCUUCGAAACGGCCAGCCUAAAGCCUCCAGCGAAGAAGAAGACUGUAAGAAGGACGGCCCGUCCCUGCUGCUGGUGCUGAAGUGGGGCGGGGAGCUGACGCCCGCUGGCCGGGUUCAGGCCGAGGAGCUGGGGAGGGCCUUCCGCUGCAUGUACCCUGGAGGUCAAGCCUGUAAUCGCCGGUCCUCUGGCUGUGAGUCCCCUGUUGACUUUGGUGACUUUGCGGGGUUUCCUGGCUGCGGCCUGCUGCGUCUGCACAGCACUUACCGCCACGACCUGAAGAUUUAUGCCUCUGACGAAGGCAGGGUUCAGAUGACGGCUGCAGCGUUUGCCAAGGGCCUGCUGGCUCUGGAGGGCGAGCUGACGCCCAUCCUGGUCCAGAUGGUGAAGAGCGCCAACAUGAAUGGACUCCUGGACAGCGACAGUGACUCUCUGACUGACUGCCAGCAGAAGGUGAAGGCCAGACUACACGAGAUUAUGCAGAAGGACCAAGACUUCACUCAAGACGACUUUCAGAAGUUGGCUCCGACCGGCAGCCCAUCCCUGGUGAACUCAAUGAAGGUCAUAGAGAAUCCAGUCAAAACCUGCGACAAGGUUUAUGCGCUCAUUCAGAGCCUCACCUCACAGAUUCGAAAGAGACUGGAGGACCCCAAAUCCGCAGAUCUGCAGCUGUACCACAGCGAGACACUGGAGCUGAUGCUGCAGCGCUGGUCCAAGCUGGAGAGGGACUUCCGCAUGAAGAACGGCCGCUACGACAUCAGCAAGAUCCCGGACAUCUACGACUGCAUCAAGUACGACUCGCAGCACAACGCCUCCGUCGGCCUGGAGGACACGCUGGAGCUCUUCAGGCUGUCCCGCGCUCUGGCUGACAUCGUCAUCCCACAGGAAUACGGCAUCAAUAAAGCGGAGAAGCUGGACAUCGCUCAGGCGUACUGCGUCCCUCUGAUGAAGAAGAUCUACCUGGACCUGCAGAGGACCCACGAGGACGAGGCCGUCAACAAGCUGCACCCUCUGUAUUCCCGCGGAGUGAUGUCUCCUGGUCGCCACGUUCGCACACGACUCUACUUUACGAGCGAGAGCCACGUCCACUCCCUGCUCAGCAUGUUCCGCUACGGAGGGCUGCUGGAUGAGGUGAAGGACCAGCAGUGGAAGCAGGCGAUGGACUACCUCAGCGCCGUGACUGAGCUCAACUACAUGACGCAAAUCGUCAUCAUGCUGUACGAAGACAACAACAAGGACCCGUCCUCAGAGGAACGUUUCCACGUGGAGCUCCACUUCAGCCCGGGGGUCAAAGGGUGUGAGGAUGAGGAGAACGUGCCUCUGGGCUUUGGCUUCCGCCCUGCUUCAUCAGAGAAUGAGGACAAAAAACCCAAUCAGGGAAGCCUGGAGGAUCUUUCCCAGGAUCAGACGGACGACGCUCUUCCGGUCACAGAGCUCAUCAACCUGCAGAGACGCUCUCCGAUGAUCCGCAAUCGCAAGACGGGCUCCAUGGAGGUCCUCUCUGAGACGUCGCCCAACCAUUCCUCCAAAGGCUGCACAUCCCACCGGCUCUUCCAGUCGUGUUCCCGCCAGUCUCCUGAGAUCAAACCAGCGGGAGGCCUAGGCUCGCUCUGCUCUGGCCUCUUCAGUGCCUCAGCCCUCGGGGUGUCCUCUAGCGCCCCCAACUUGCGGGAUUACAUCUGCACCCAGCACCACCACCACCGAAAACCGCCUCUGUCCCCCGGCAGUCUGCCGUGCAAGAUUGGCAUGUUUGAACUGCUCUCUAUGCCGGCAGUAAAGAGGUUUUCUGUGUCGUUUGCCAGGCAUCCGACCAAUGAGCCCUCAGAUGAACUCGCUGAGCUGGCGCUGCAAGGGUUUGACCCUGUCGCCCUGGACAGGUCCUUCUCCUAUCACCUGCACCACUGUCCCUACCACCUGCGCCUCCUCAGGAUCCAGCUGACGUGCGGCCUUGAGCUCUCCGACUGUCUCCACGGAUUCGAAGGCUGCUCUAUGGUGCCCUCUAUCUACCCGCUGGAGACACUGCACAACUCUCUCUCCCUGAAGCAGGUGGAGGAGUUCCUCAGCAAGGUGUGCGAGAGCAUCGGGGAGGCCCAGGCCAAAACCAUGAAAGCACUUUCUGGUUUGUUUGACUCUCAAAGUCAGACGUCUCUCUACAGCCCUCAGCAGCCUCUGUCCUCCUCCGGAUCGGAGGCGUCGCUUCGUCCGCCGGGUCAGCCUCUGUGGUACGGCAGCAUCCCGUCCAGCGCCGUGUCCAGCGCGGGCCCUUCGUCCCCGACCACCGACAUCUCCGGCCUCGGCCUCAACUUCAGCUUCAGCGAGUAGCUCCGCCUCUCCGAGUGACCAGAAAACCUCGGCGCUGCUGAGCAGGCCGUGCGAAGGACGUGUCAGAGUUUUCUUUCAGAAGCAGCUCUGUUCCCAGCCCUGCUCCAGAAUGCACUCAGACUUCGACACGGACUGGAGCCGUUGUUCUCUGAACCGUCCUUCGGUUUGGUGACACAUUUCCACUGAGGAACGCUCUGAGCGUGUCACACCAGCUUUCACACACACCUGUGCCUUUCAUACGUUUUUCAGUGCCAUCGCGUCAAGUGCCUGCUAACUUUUUUUUUUUUUUUUUUUAUAUUCCAAAUUUACCAAAUACGUCAAGCUAAAAAGCUUUAAACAUUUUUUCGUCAUUAACAUUUACCCCAGAAGCCGACUGUCGAAGGAACCUCCUGCUGUGUGGAUUUCCCCAGACUGGCAUCUUACACAUCGAUCAGUUUAUGCCUGAACUAGAAUAAGCCUGUUUGCUACUUGCUCUGUCCUUCCAAUCAUGGUUUCGUUUUUAUUUAUUUGUUCUCUUCAUAUUGACCAAAAAAAAGUGUAGGUUUUGAUUUUUAAGGUUUUUUUGUUGUUCUUUUUUCAGACACAGGUUUCCUCUGUAAUAUUCACACCACUCUGAUCGAUCUGUGUUAUUCCCUUUGUGUAUCUGCUGUUUAUUGGAAGCAAACACAUUGUAAAUGUGCCUUUUUUAUUUUAUAAAAUCACGUCAGGUAAUCAGAAAACAAUGCAGUGUUGGAACUGAAGAAACCACUAGAUUAGGGCUAAUCUGACAGCAGAAUUAGGAUCAGUUCGAUUGCUGUAUGCUGCCUCGAUCUGCUGUCCUGCCUAAUCAAAGUCACGUUUUAAUGAAAUGUAAAUGAUUUUUGGAGCUCAUUUCUAACCGCGCACAGGUAAAGAACUGAUCCAAAUAAGUUUUGUCGGUGUUCCACUGACAUGAGGGUCAGUGAGCUGAGCGCUGCAAGCUUUGGAGGUAAACACCACUUCAUAUUGUUCUACUGUCACGAUUAAUGAGGAAAUCAUGAAUUAUGCUUUAAGUUCUGCACAGCUAUCAGCUAUUAAACUCUAAUGAGGUCUCAUAUGGUCUUCUCUCACUUUCUCUGGCAUCUCAUUAGUCGUUAAACUGACUGGAGUUUUCUCCUGCUAUAUGUCGUAGCGUAGCGCUUAGCCGGCUAAAGAAAGAUGGCUGCUUUUUCCUCACGAUAACAAUCAAUUUGAUUAUUUUGGAAAUGAAGAUAUUUCCAGAGUAGAAGAAGAACCACCCAUCCCUUUUAUUUUACGCCAUGGUAACUGUUUAGCAGUCAGCAAAGCUAGCAGUAGCAUCUCUGAUAACCAGCUAAUAUUAGCUUUUUAUGGCCUUACUCUUCAAAGAGCAGAACAGUUAAGAGUAUUAUAUUUUGUACAAUCACUAGAACUAUAAACUAUGCCUACCAGAAGGACCAUGUCCAAUAAACCGGGUAAAUCCAGCUUAUUCAUUGCCACGUCAUAGCAACCGCUAUGCUAGCAAGCAGCUAGCAGCAGGUCAGCCAUUUUCUAAUCAGCCUUCUACGUUUCCCCACAGGUUAAACACAUACAGGUCAGUUGGAAACUGUAAUUUUCUGUUUAUUAAAGGAAAAUGUGUCAGACCUGCACAUGGAGGAGGGAGAACAUGUAGCCUAAAGUUAGAGACACUGAUAUACUUUGCUCCAAAACCAUCCGAUCCAAAGUUGAAUUUAAAGCAUCUGAAUUUAUCUGUUUUACUUAAAGUCUCCUAACUUUACACUUCAAUCUCUCUCUCCCUCUCUUCUUUUUUUUUUCCAGAGAGCUCGACUUCAGCUUGUUAAAGCUUAGACAAAACCACACAGUAGAAACGGUUUAAGUUAUAGGAACUGUCUGUCUAAGCUGAAAAUGAAAUGAUCCCCAAAACUUUGAAAAAUCUGCUGUAGCGUCACAUUCUGUUUUUUUUUCUUUGUUUUUUUAAAUGAUGUGUGUUAGAUUUGCUUGUUUUUGUCCAAACGUGGGCUUUAUAGCUGAAUUCUUUACUCGAUUGUUUGAUAUCGGCCAAAGAGAUUGUGUGUUUGAUUUGCUUCAGAGAAGCAGAGUGGCGCCGUAAACGUCUGUAAAACUGUUCAGGUCAGGCUGGUGAUGCUGGACAAAUGAAAAGUGUUGAUGAUAAAAUAAAAAAUGUUGUCAAAUUGAA